AUGGCUUCCUUUGCAAUCGAGGACUUUGUUGGAAAUGGAUCUCUGCAGGGGCUUCUUCCAAAGCUGCUGGAAGAAGGAUGGGAUGAUGUGCCAACUUUGAAGAUUAUGAAUGCAGAUGAUAUGCACGAGUUGAACAUGACUCAACGACAAAAGGAUGCGCAGGAAAUCAGAUCAUACCUGCAUGAUCGUGUUCUGAUGCAAUACGCAGAUAAGCUUGAGGAGUCUGGGAAUUCCCUUACUGAGCUUCUUAACCUAAGCACGGUAGAUUUUACUUCAAAGUUUGGAAUGAAAAGGGGACACGUUGCCCGUUUUACCGACAAAACUGCAGCUUUUAGGAGAGAUUCUUUUUCAGAAGCCUAUAACCUCCAAGAAGCAGAGUAUGACAAGAUCACUUAG